AUUUAUUUGUAUUAUUAUUUUUAGUGUGAUGUCUGAAGAAGUGAUGGAUAAUAAUAAGGAUCGUGCGGAGAGUAUUGAGAACUCGACGUCUUCCCACAAUCAAAAACGAAAAGAUUAUCUACCGUGGGACGAUUACUUCAUGGCCACCGCAAUACUCUCAUCGAAGCGAAGUAAGGAUCCCUCUACGCAGGUUGGAGCCUGUGUCGUAGACAACCACAAUCGGAUUGUUGCUAUUGGUUACAAUGGCUUUCCAAGAAACUGCAGCGACGAUGAGUUUCCAUGGUCGAAGGACGAAGAUAAGAAUUCGAUGAAAAAUAAAUACAUGUAUGUGGUGCAUGCUGAAGCCAACGCGAUACUAAACAGCAAUUGCACCGCACUAGACGGUACGCGUCUUUACACAACUCUCUUCCCAUGCAAUGAGUGCACAAAGUUAAUUAUACAAUCGGGCAUCCGGGAAAUAUAUUAUUUAUCUGACAAGUAUAGGGAUAAGCCUACGUAUCGAGCUGCCAGGCGGAUGUUUGAUGCAGUUGGCAUUGUCUAUAAUCAGUUUAUCCCAACGCAAAAAAAGAUUACUAUCGACUUUGACUCAAUUAAGUAAAAUGAUAUGAUUAUCGUUAGUUAGACGUAGAGCAGCUAACUUGAACUAGUUUAAUUGGUUUUAUCCUGUUUGUUGUGUAAUUCCUUCUAAUAAAAAAGCAUACAAACCACAA